CUUGGAGUUUGCAUUUUGUUUUUCGUUUUUUUCACAUAUUUUUCCAACUUGUGUUCUCCAUUUUACUCAACUCUUUUCUGCAAGCACUGAAACGGCGCGACAAUAAAAACGGCCGUGCGCACGCACCAAUCAUGCCGAUGCCAGAGGCUGCGCUAAUCUAGCCCAGCAUGCGCACGCAAUUCGUAUCUCCGCUUGACUCUCUCAUCACCAUCAUCAUCGUCAGGACACAAGCAUGGGGAGCGAUUCAAGCGGGAGGAGGAAGGCGGCAGCGGCACCAGCGUCAGCAUCGGGAAGGCCAAACAGGACAAGGCCGUCUCAUCACUCAGAGACGCACAGCAGUCCGGAAAAGAGGCGAAGGUGCAAGAUCAGUGACCGGCUGAGGGCCCUGCAGCAGCUCGUCCCUGGGUGCGAUAAGGUCGGCUCAGACUCGGUGCUCGCCCGGUUUCUGAAUUUCACUACUAACCAGGAGUCGACGCUGGAGCAGACGAUCAAGUACAUGAAGUCGCUGCAGCAGCAGGUCCAGGCAAUGAACGUGAGGCCAACACAAGCCCUGUACCCCAUCGUGGCGACGGCAUCGGCGCCGGCCGUCAUGGUGCCGCCCGCCGCCGGAGGACCUGUCCCGCUCCUGCCUGCAGGGAUGGCUCCGUUCGGGGCCAUGCUCCCGUGCCCACCUUUACCUUACCACGCCGUGAUGGUGCCAGCACCGGUGGCGGCGCCACCAUUGUGCCAUCCACAGCCGACAGCCCCCGCUGCUCCAGUACCAAAACGCCUCCACGGAGCAGCAUUGCAACGAGGGGCAAGGGAGGAGAAGAUUGUGAGGCAGAAUCAAGCCACUCGGAUGGAAUGGCUAGCCUAGCUCUAGUGAUCGUCUCGGGUUUAUAUUUGAAAUCUUGC